AUGCCGCUCCCGUUUUCUGUAAUUUCAACAACAUCCGAAGAUGUUCUAGAGGGAAACGAUUCUGAUGAAGAACACGAGACAUUUGACAUUAACUGGAUAUCAGCGAAAAACUACUCAUUUCCUCAGUCAAUGGUUUUAGAACUUGAGGAAGAAUCUCUAGUAAGUAGUGUAAAAAUUACAGUUCACAAAGACUAUCCUCCAUCAUCACUGACAGUUUCUUUGGGAAUUCCAUCUAAUCACUUUCGUAAUUCUCGAGGAAAAUCUUAUAAUGCAGAUUAUUCCGUUCGUCAGGAGCUCUCAUUCAGAGACGAUUUUCAUGUGGAAUAUGGUCAGAGGCAUCCGAAAGCAACGGUUUUUCUCAAUUCACCAGCAAAAUUUGUGAGCGAUCCCUUCUACUUUUUCAGAAUAUCUAUCCACGGUUUUUCGGAUUCUGACGUCAAUCACCACCGUCAAGUGUCAAUUCUCUCUGUUGUUAUUUGUGGAGCAGGUGAAAUACUGCCAUUCGACAGAAAUUUCAAGGACGAACCAAAGCAGAAAGCGAUGAGUUACGUAGAACUCGAUAGAGGAAUUCUGUUGCCAUUGAAGGCAAAACCGAAAAUGCGAGAACCCAAGACAAUCGUUGGACUUUAUGAUACAGAUUCUGAAGAUGAGGAGAUUUUAUUUUCGAAAGAAAUGCUGAACAGAUUACGGAAGAAAGAAGCUGUUAUGAAGAAUCCACAAUUACCGUCAACAUCUGCAAUUACCGAGGCAAUUACAGUCGACACAAAUAGUGAAAAGUCAGCACCGGUGUACUUUGGAUCGAGAAUGUCAGAAUUCAACAACAUGUUGAGGCUUCUUGAAAGAAAAAGGGAGGAAUCGAUUUGGGAAGAAAAAUACGCUCAAGCUUCUGCAAUGGAUGAAAGUGUCAAAGAUCUAAAAGCAAGAGAGGCGGGACUCCGAGAGCUAAUAAUAGAAAGAGAGGAUGCAUUGAAGGGGAAGGAUCUGAUAGCAGCUCAACGGUAA